UUCAGCUGCCCGAGGGACGUCGGCGCGGCCGGUGUGCGCUCGCAGGCGCGGCCCGGAGCUGCAGCCAUGCUGUUCUGGCACACGCAGCCCGAGCACUACAACCAGCACAGCUCCGGCAGCUACCUGCGUGAUGUGCUCGCUCUGCCCAUCUUCAAGCAGGAGGAGCCCCAGCUGUCCCCCGAGAACGAGGCCCGCCUGCCGCCCCUGCAGUACGUGCUGUGUGCCGCCACGUCCCCCGCGGUGAAGCUGCACGAAGAGACUCUGACCUACCUCAACCAAGGUCAGUCUUAUGAAAUCCGACUGCUGGAGAAUCGGAAGCUGGGAGACUUUCAAGAUCUGAACACAAAGUAUGUCAAGAGCAUCAUCCGCGUGGUUUUCCAUGACCGCCGACUGCAGUACACCGAGCACCAGCAGCUGGAGGGCUGGCGGUGGAGCCGGCCCGGAGACCGGAUCCUGGACAUUGAUAUUCCACUGUCUGUUGGUAUCUUGGACCCCAGGGCCAGCCCGACCCAGCUUAACGCAGUCGAAUUUUUGUGGGACCCUGCCAAGAGAGCGUCUGCGUUCAUUCAGGUGCACUGUAUCAGCACGGAAUUCACCCCCAGGAAGCACGGGGGCGAGAAGGGUGUGCCUUUUCGAGUGCAGAUUGACACGUUUAAGCAGAACGAGAACGGAGAGUACACGGAGCACUUGCACUCGGCCAGCUGCCAGAUCAAGGUGUUCAAGCCAAAGGGAGCCGACCGGAAACAGAAGACCGACCGGGAGAAGAUGGAGAAAAGAACAGCCCAGGAAAAGGAGAAAUACCAACCGUCCUACGAAACCACCAUCCUCACAGAGUGCUCUCCGUGGCCUGACGUGGCCUACCAGGUGAACAGCGCCCCGUCCCCCAGCUACAAUGGCUCUCCAAACAGCUUCAGCCUCGGUGAAGGCAACAACUCCCCGACGCACCCGGUGGAGGCCCUGCCCGUGGGCAGUGAUCACCUGCUCCCGUCCGCCUCCAUCCAGGACGCCCAGCAGUGGCUCCACCGCAACAGGUUCUCGCAGUUCUGCCGUCUCUUCGCCAGCUUCUCGGGUGCCGACUUGCUGAAGAUGUCCCGAGAUGAUCUGGUGCAGAUCUGUGGGCCUGCAGACGGGAUCCGGCUCUUCAAUGCCAUCAAAGGCAGGAAUGUGAGGCCAAAGAUGACCAUUUACGUCUGUCAGGAGCUGGAGCAGAACCGAGUGCCCCUGCAGCAGAAGCGGGAGGGCAGCGGGGACAGCAGCCUGUGUGUGUACCACGCCAUCUUCCUGGAAGAGCUGACCACCUUGGAGUUGAUUGAGAAGAUCGCCAACCUGUACAGCAUCUCCCCCCAGCACAUCCACCGGGUGUACCGGCAGGGCCCCACGGGCAUCCACGUGGUGGUGAGCAAUGAGAUGGUGCAGAAUUUCCAAGAUGAAUCUUGUUUUGUCCUCAGCACGUUAAAAGCCGAGAGCAAUGACGGCUACCACAUCAUCCUGAAAUGUGGACUCUGAACAGAAGCAGGACAUGCACCCGCCUCCAACUCCCAGCCCCUCGGACCCCCUUGGAUGUAGAAAUUGCCCCACUGCCAGCUGUGGCCUCACCAGGCGAGCUGAGUCUAGGAGGGAGCCUGCCCAGUCUGUGACGGCUACAGACCGUCAACCAGCAGAAGCCUGUGGACAGAGACGGGGGUGCAGGAAGGCCGUGGUUGCCCUCCCUUCCCCUGGCCUUCAGCUUUGGGGUGCUUCCUUGUUCUUUUUGUUGGUCCAACCUUGAUAUUCUAAAGGGGCAAACAGUGGGGGCAUCUUCUCUGAAACCCCUUGCCCCUUAGUUGGAGGCUCAUGGGGCAUCUUGGUGCCCCCUGAAUUGGUCCCUUCUGGCUUCUGUCCUGCCUCCAGAGAAAGCCCUGUCUCCCCCACACCUGCGUCUCUGACAGGUGGCUCCACGCCCUGCACUGCUGGCUCCAUGGGAGUAGUUUGCCCUCAUUCUCCUGCUCUCAUGGAGCCUCCCCUCUCAGGGACCCUGGUGAGCAUCCCUCCUUCUGUUCUCGGAUGAUUUGGUGGGAGUGGGGUUAUUCAGUGCCUUAUACCUCUUUCACCUGUACCUUGUUUCUGAGGAUCUGCUGCAAAGCCCGAAGAUGCAUUCAUAUCUCUGUGUUGGCAUGGUGGACACCACAGUGCACGUGCACGGCCCUUCUCCCAGAUGCUAAUUCUGAGGCCUUUCGAGGGGGUUGGGGUGGGAAUAGAAAAAGAUGAUUUUCAGGCACAUUCUCAUGAGUAGAAAAGGGAUGAGAACAAAAUGAUUCCUCUCGAUUGACUUCCCUGAGCAAUCAUGGGUGAGGAACUGAGGACUAGGCAAUCAGCAUGCUGUUGUGUCUUCAGAUGACCUUGACCAUCAUAAUACCAAGAGAAGACCUUGGUUAACCACUGCUAAGUUUGCCAAGUUUCCUAGGGACAUUGUAUUUUCUGUGGGAGCCCUCAUUUUACAUUUUUAUCUUUUUUCAUUUGUAGGGGUUAUGUUUAGGGUAUCUUGUCUGUAUUGAAAUGGUUAGAUCACCUUAAUGGUCUAACUAUGGGAAAUUUAAGUGUCAGUAACUGGCAGACUCAGAAAUUAGUCUUUGUCGUGCUCUGGUUCCUGGGACCCGGUGAUCUCUACUGGCCCAGGGCUGUAGCUCUUUGUUAAUUUGGGUUUAUCAACCAAACCAUGGUGAACCCUGUGACUACGUGAAUAGGAUUUCACAGCCUCUCAAUGAAGCUUUUGUGGAAUGUAGUGCUAGUCUCAAAGCCUGUUAGAAUUGGGGAAACCUUGCUUUGUAGAUGGGCAAGCCGAGGCCUAGAGAGGCAGAGUCACAUGCAUGGUACCUUACAGUGAUAGAGUGAUGAUACUGAUUUAUCAUAUAAACCAGGACACUUCUGAGAGUGGAAGGGGCUGUUAUGAUUAUGUUAGGAUAAUAGGCGUGGUGUUCCUACAGAGUGAAGACAGGCUCCUGAUUCACUUCCCCUUUUCAGUGGCGUGGAGGGGAGUGGGUUGACUAACAGCUUUAUUGAGAAAUAAUUCACGUAGCAUACAAUUUACUCAAUGUACAGUUCUGUGGUUUUUAGAAUUGAUUGUGAUCCACAGAAUCACAAUCAAUUCACAGAACUGUCAGUUUAGAACAUUUUAAUCACCCCCAAAAGAAACUCUGUGCCCUUUGGCUGUCAUGCCCCCACUUCUGCCAACCCCCCCAGUCCAAGGCAACCAGGCGUCUACUUGCUAUGUAACGUUUCACAUCUGUGGAAUCAUACGACAUGGCCUUUUGUCACUGUCUUCUUUGCCGUGGUGUGAUGUUCCUAGUGUCGUUCAAGGUGAGCGUGUGUCAGCACUCGUUCCUGUAUUGCUGAAUAGUACCUCACCAUAGGGACAUACCACGCUCGUGUAUCUGUUCGUCAGUUGAUGAACAUUUGGGUUGUUCCUGCUUUUUGGCCAUUAUGAAUAAUGCUGCUAUGAACAUAUUUGUACAAGUUUUUACGUGGACAUAUGUUUUAGUUUCUUCUGGGAGUAUACAUAGGAGUGGAAUUGCCAGGUCAUAUGGUGACUGUUUAACUGUUUGAGGAACUGCCAGACUUUUUCACCGCAGCUGCACCAUCUUAUGUUCCCAUUAGCAGUGUAUGAGGGUUUCAAUCUCUCUACACCCUCGCCAACACUUGCUAUUACCUGUCUUUUUGAUCGUAGCAUCCUAGUGGGUAUGAAGUGGUAUCUCAUUAUGGUUUUAAUUUUCAUUGUCCUAAUGGCUAGUGAUGUUGAGGAU